AUGGCCCGCAUAAAGACGACAUAUGGCAAGCGGCCUAAGGCCAAUACCACCUUCGCUGCCUCGACCGAUUUCUGGUCCAGCCCCGACAAAGCCCCGUCCAACGCCAAUCCCGCGCCCGCAGACGCCGUUGACGAGAUCACGAAUACCCUUGACAACCUGGACAUAAGGGAGAAGGAGAAGCAGGAGAGGAAGGAACGGAGAAAAAAGGAGAAGCGCGAUAGAGCCCUGCAGGCGAUAGACGCCAAUGCCGCCUCACCAGCCGGCGCGCGCGAGAAGGCCACCAUCAAACACACGCACGACGAUGGCGAGCUCCAGAAGCCCGCAAAGAUCGAUAUUUCGGAAGCAUCAGUCGUUCCCAAGACGCCCCAGAGACUCAAGAAGCUACUCCCGCCGAAGAAGAAGCUCGAAGAACCCAAGAAUGCCGAGCAAACGCCUCAAAGUGAGCGCAGGCGGCGGCGCGGGAAGCGCGACAUCCCCACCAUCAUUCUAGGCAGCGAAGACGACGACGACGCUGUCAUGGACCAGCAGCAACAGAAGUGCAGAUCGCGCGCGCUAUCCAGCCCCGAGCCCGCGCACCACCUCUCCGCCAAGACCCCAGCUCGAUCCACCGUCCACCGCCGCAGCAAAUCCCCCUCCAUCGCCGCCACCACACGCAAACCCUCCUCCACACUCCCCGACCCGCUCAUCGCCUACACCAAACCACUCCUCCGCCUCUGUGCCGACCGUGCCGGCCGCAAAGCCCCUACACCCUUCGCCCUCUGGGCCGCCGCACUCUCGCCCUACUUCUCCGUCGUCAAGAUCGCAGAAGCGUCCUACGGCGAAGUCUACCGCCUCGCACUUAAGCGCGCACAUCCCGACCUGAGCGCGUCAGACGAGUCGGUCCUCAAGAUCAUCGCGCUCAAGCCGCCGGUGGAAGCGCGGCCCAAGGCCGCGAAGGGCAAGAAGCUGACGAAGGCUCAGAAGGCGCUGUCGGAGAAGAUCGACGGGAUGAGCAGCGUGGAGAGCGUCGCAGGCGAGAUAAAGUUGCUCAGACGCAUGGCGCAUGUGCCGGGUUUUACGAACUUUCGGGAUGUGAGGGUGCUGAGGGGACGACCGGACGAGAUGUUUGCGAGAGCAUGGGCGGAGUGGAAUGAGGGGAGGGAGGAAGAGAAGAGGAGUAUCUUCCCGGAUCCGGCGAAGAAGGGGAGUUAUGAUGAGGAUCAAUUGUGGGCCGUCAUCGAGAUGCAGGAUGCGGGUACGGAUUUGGAGAAUUUGAAGAUGGAGGAUGUGGGCGGCGUAUUUGGGGUUUGGGAUAUCUUUUGGAGCGUCACGCUGGCGCUCGGGAAGGGCGAGGAGGAGGCAAGGUUCGAGCAUCGCGACCUCCACAUGGGCAACAUUUGCAUCCGCCCGGCCAACGCCAACCGCCCCAUCGCCGCCCCGUCGUCAACUUCGUCCACCGUCACCGACAUCGCCCGCAACCUCAACUUCACCGGCCUCGAAAGCACCAUCAUCGACUACACGCUGUCGCGCGCGCAGAUGACGCUGCCUUCUGCUUCGCCGGAUCCCGAAGAGGCUGAAAUCGCCUUCCUUGACCUUGAGGCCGACCCGGCGCUGUUCGACGGCGACGCUGAGGAAGAAUACCAGUACGAGAUGUACCGCUACAUGCGCGCCGCCAUGUUCCUAGACGACCCGCUGGCAGAUGUCGAGGAGAGGUGGGACGAGGCUCUGGAUAGUGGAAGGACAUGGGUUGGGUUUCACCCGCAGACGAAUCUGGUGUGGUUGCAUUUUAUUUUGCAUGAGAUGAUGAAACAGAUCGUGGCUGCUGCGCCGUCGGACAAGGGAAAGAGCACGAAGAACAAAAAGACGAAGGCGAAGAAGAAAGAUGGCAGACCCACGCGAAAGAAGCUCGUCGUCGUCGACUCGGAAGACGAGAACGAAGACUUCGUCGUCGCCCGGCGGGCGCAAGACGCAGCUGACGAAGCGGAACGCGUGGCGCUCGAACAGCUCGUCGCUGACAAGCGCAAGAAGCUGGAGAAGAUCCUGAGGAAGGUUCAGAAGCUGCUCGAUCCGGCGCGCUGGGCGAAGAGCGAACUGCAUUCCGUAAAAGACCUCGUCGCGCUGGCGUUGGAGGAGGCAUGGUUGGAUGAGGAGGACGUCAUUGCCGUACCGCAGUUGGGCGAUGAGGGGGAAGGGAGUCUGUUGGAGUUGGUGAGGGGAAUGGAGGUUUGA